UCCGUUCACCUGCUGGGGAGGGGGGAUCCCGGAAGGAGCGGAGGUGAAGCGGCGGUGGCUGAUCCGGGCAGCGGAGUUACCAGCGCUCGCGGGAGGAGCUCGGCUCCCACCCACCCCUGAGCCCCAGGCCGCCGGGAGAGGGGAGGGGGCGCGGGAGGAGGGGAGGGAGACUGACGCCCCGUCCCGGAGUCAGCGGCUCCCCGCGUUCCCCUUGCCGCCCCCCCCCUCCUCCCCGGGGGGCCGCCGCCGCCGCCGCCAUGUUCAAGAAACUGAGGCAGAAAAUCGUCGAGGAGCAAACGCAGCCGCGGAGCCCCGGGGGGCGGGCGCCCCAGCAGCCGCAGACCCACUCCAAAUCUUCCCCCCCACCACCAGGCAACAGGAGCAGAACAUCUUCACUUACAGAACAAUCUGAUGAAGGCACUUUAACACCAGACAAAGAGAAUGUAUCUAAACAAACAAACCCCAAAUCCAUAGACAGCAAUGGAAGUGAACCAUCUUCCCCUCAGUUAAGUGACACUCAGACUUUUGCACAGAAACUCCAACUCCGGGUUCCUUCAAUGGAAUCUUUGUUUCGAAGUCCAGUAAAAGAAUCCCUGUUCCGCUCUUCUUCUAAAGAGUCCCUGGUACGAACUUCUUCAAGGGAGUCAUUAAAUCGACUGGACUUUGACACACCUGGUCCCACAUUUGAUCCACCAUCUGAUGUUGAAAGUGAGGCAGAAGAGUCACUGGGAAACAUGGACAGCCUCAGCAAAGAACAGCUUUUACAACGAUUGCGUAGAAUGGAACGUAGUUUAGGCAACUACAGAGGAAAAUAUUCUGAGCUGGUCACUGCCUAUCAGACUGUCCAGAGAGAGAAGAAAAAGCUACAGGGUAUAUUGAGCCAGAGCCAGGAUAAAGCACUUCGUAGAAUUGGAGAACUACGAGAGGCAGUUGCUGUUCUCAAAGCUGACAUCAGGGAGGGAGGGUUCAGUUAUGACAUCUGGAACUCAUCCAUGAAGGAACUCCAAAUGGAUCAACAAGCUAAGAAACAUCUCCAGGAAGAAUUUGAUGCAUCUUUAGAAGAAAAGGAUCAACUUAUUAGCGUCCUGCAGACUCAGGUAUCUUUGCUGAAACAGCGACUACAGAAUGGCCAGAUAAGCACUGAAUUACCGGAGACAAAUUCUGAAACUGAACCACAAAGUCCAGCAAAAGAAAUCAGUGCAGAAAAUGUUUUGGAGCCAGGAGGUACUGAGGGUGAUGGAGAUUCUGCAAAAACACUAGAAACUCUGAUUAAGAGAGUGAAACGUCAAGAGAACUUGCUUCAGCGAUGUAAAGAGAUGAUUCGAUCGCACAAGGAGCGCUCUGCACAGCUAACCAAUGAGAAAGAAGCACUGCAGGAACAACUAGAAGAGAGACUUCAGGAAUUAGAAAAAAUGAAGGAACUUCACAUGACUGAGAAAACUAAACUGAUUACUCAACUGCGCGAUGCAAAGAAUUUGAUUGAGCAGCUAGAACAAGAUAAGGGCAUGGUAAUAGCAGAGACAAAACGACAAAUGCAUGAAACAAUGGAAAUGAAGGAAGAGGAAAUUGCUCAGCUGCGUGCUCAUAUCAAGCAGAUAACUACCCAAGGCGAGGAGUUACGAGAACAGAAAGAAAAAUCUGAAAAAGCUGCAUUUGAAGAGCUUGAGAAGGCUCUGAGUACAGCCCAAAAGGUAGAGGAAGCACGGAAAAAGCUGCAAGCAGAGAUGGAUGAAAAAAUCAAAGCAAUAGAAAAAAUAAGUGAGGAAGAACGUGUAACUCUUCAACAAGAGUUAACCAGGGUGAAGCAGGAGGUGGUUGAGAUUAUGAAGAAGUCUUCAGAAGAGCGUGUUGCUGAGCUAGUGAAAUUGCAUAAAAGAGAACUGGCUACCAAAGAGCAGGAGCUAAAUGAGAGAUUACAGGUUCAAGAAAAGGAGUUCCAGGAGAAGAUGAGGGCAGCUCUUGAAAAAAGUCAAAGUGAGUGUUUACAGACAGUACAAGAAAAAGAACAACAGGAAUCUCUGGCAUUAGAAGAAUUAGAACUGCAGAAAAAAGCAAUACAAUCAGAGUCUGAGAAGAAACUUCAAGGCAUGCAACAAGAAAUACAGACAGCUAGAACGAGAAUUCUUGAAUUGGAAAGUUCCCUUGCAAAGUAUUCACAAGAUGACAAAAGACAAUUGGAGGAACUAAGUACUUUGAUAGAGUCUGAAAAAAACAAGUACAAUAAAGAAAUCACUGUAAUGGUUGAAAAGCACAGGGAAGAGCUAGAAAAUGUGAAGCAGCAGGAGGAAGAACUUUGGACAGAAAAACUUCAAAUCUUAAAGCAACAGCAACAGUCCACAAUAGAGAAAUUGAGAGAGAAACAUGAGCAAGAAAUGGAUAUAAUGUUGAAAGAAAAAGAGACAGUUUUCCGUGCACACAUAGAAGAGAUGAAUGCAAAAACAUUAGAAAAGCUUGAUGUGAAACAAACAGAGCUAGAAGCAUUAUCUUUUGAGUUAUCAGAAGCACUAAAAAUACGUCAUGACCUAGAACAAGAGCACUUUGUAUUGAAAGAUGAUGUCGAUAAAAUAAAGCAGGAGUCUGAGGCAAAACUGGAACAACAGAGAAACCAGUACCAGGAAAAAAUUGACAUGAUGGUUAAAGAGCAUGACAUAUCUGUCCAAGGAAUUGAGAAGGCACACACAGAAGAAACUAACCAACUCAAGGUACAGUUGGAAGAAAAAGAAAAACAUCUGGAGGAAUUAAAAGCACAAGAACACAAACUAAAGGAUUCACUUGAUAUAUCUGAAGCUGAACUUAAGCAAAUGUCUGCUAAACUAGGAGACCUCUGCCAGUCACACCAAAAUAACUCCAGUGAGCAGGCAAGGGUUUAUGAAGGACAGUUAACAGAGCUGCAACAAAAGAUGACAAAUAUGGAAGCUGAAAAAUCACAUCUUAAAGAACAGAUUGUAAGAGCUGAAUCACAGCUGAAUGAAGUUAGGACUGAAUUAGAUGCUUACAUAUCCCAGGUACACGACUUGAGGCAGCAGCUGGAAGAGCAGAUCAGUGAAAACAUGCAGAAAAUAACCUCUCUAAAGCAACAGUAUGACUCUCAACUGAAAGAUCUCGGUACAGAGACUGAUCAGGCAAAGAGAGAUUUGGUUGAGAGAGAAAAUCAACUUGAACAACUAAAAAAGCAGCAGAAUCAACAAGUGGAAGACCUCAGACAGAAAUUAUCAGCCAAAGAGGAGAGAAUUAGUGCUUUACAAGUUGAAUAUGAAAAUAGUUCAAAAGAUCAAGAAACCAAGAUGGAAAAAAUCAAACAAAAAGCAAAAGAGAUGCAAGAAAUGUUCAAGAAGAAACUUUCAGAACAAGAAACUAAACUGAAAAAAGAAUUUGAAAACAAGCAGUUGGAGUUCAGUCAGAAAGAGAAACAUUUCAAUGCAAAAAUGCUGGAAAUGGCACAUGCCAGCUCAGCUGGAAUAAAUGAUGCUGUGUCAAAACUGGAAAUGAAUCAAAAGGAGCAGCUAGAAAGUCUUGCAGAAGCUCAUAGGCGGGAACUAGAAGAAGUUGCACAAACAUGGGGGGAAAAACUUAUUCAGCAGGUUGAAGAGCUCAAGGAAAAGCAUGAAAUGGAACUACAUAAAAAAGAGAAGGAAGUUGGAGACCUGAAGCAGAAGCUAGCCACCUUCAGUGCUGAGAAAGAGGGGACUGACAUAGAGAUCACCCGGCUGAAGGAAGAACAAGUGAAGAGAGACGAAUCUUGGAAUGAAUUGCAAGAACAACUAAAGCAGUUAUUGGCACAGGUGAACACCUUGUCACAAAGUGAAACUGAUCUCAAAGCACAACUUGAAAAACUAGAAGAUGACCUCAGUCACUCUCUGAAGGACAGGGCUGUACUACAGGAACAGCUCAGGGAGCAGAAAACAAUGGAAGAAAAACACAAGAUAAAAGUUACGGAACUGACAGAUAUGCUGAAAACAUCUGAUGAAAAACUCCAAAUUCUGGAAUCCUCACAUUGUAAAGAAUGUGAGGAUUACGAGAAAAAACUAGAGGAUAAACAUUUGGCGAGUCAGCAAAAACAAAUUGAAUUUGAGAGGUUGUCAAGUGAACUAGCAGCACAGCUAGAUAUUUACUGGAAGGAAGCUGACACUUUAUUGCAAACUAAAACCAAUGAAGUAAUUGAAAAAUGUACUGAAAAAAUUAAUUUAGUAAUCUCCAGAAUUGCACAUUGUCAACAUCAAACUACAACAAUUAAAAAAGCAAUAUUAAUUAAAAACUGUAAAAUUCCUGAACUAGAAACACAGCUUAGACAAAUAACAGAACAUCAUACUACAGUAAGUAGCUCUUUGCAGGAGUCAACACAACAGUUACAAGAUAAGGAAAAUGUAAUUAUACUCAUGAAAGCUGACAUUGAAAGACUUGUAACAGAAAAGGAGCUGUUGCAAAAAGAAGGAGGGCAUCAGCAACAGGCUGCAACAGAGAAGGAAACUUGUAUCACACAGUUAAGGAAAGAAUUAUCUGAAAAUAUUAAUGUUGUCACUUCAAUGAGAGAGGAGCUUAAGGAAAAAGAAUCUGAGAUCUGUGCUCUCAACAAGCUUGUGAAUGAACUAAAUAUCAAACUUGAAAACAGCAUAGGUUUAACAGAAAAAGAAGCAGCCAUAUCUUUGUUAAGCAAGCAACACCAAGAGGAUCAGCUGCAAUUAUUGAAUCAGGUGCAGGAAUUAUCUUCCAGGGUUGAGUCACUGAGUCAAGAAAAAGCAUCAGCUUUGGAGCAGGUAGACCACUGGAUGAACAAACUGUCAGAAUGGAAGAAAAAAGCACAGUUAAGGUUUACCCAGAAUCACAAUACCAUUAAAGAAUUACAAAGCAAGCUUGAAUUAAAUAAUAUCCAAGUUGGUGGAAAGGAUGAAGAGAUAAAUCAACUUAAGGAGGAGCUGGAUAAGCAAAGCAGGAAUUUAGAUAGUUUGAAAGAUGUAAUGGAACAAAAGCAGAGGAGAAGGGAAAAGCAAGAGGGAAAAUUAACUGCAGAGUUAAAAAUCCAAACAGCGAGAAUUACUGAGCUAGAGGAACACAUUGCUCGGAAAACAGCGGAAAAUGAUUCUUUAAUGGAAGAACUUAAAAGGCACAACCAGCAAAGAGACUCUGAGCAAAAAGAGCUUGUUCAGCAACUUCAGCAGGCUGAGGUUGUAGUUGUCGAAAAGGACAACAGGUUGAAGGAGGCAGAAGAAAAAGUGCUAAGUCUUGAAAAGCAAAUGGAUUCAGUGAAAGCUGAACUCAAUACAAAGCAGAGGGAAUUUGAACAAAUGAAAACUGCAAUGAUGAAAAGCAAAGAAGAAGAGUUGAAGAUGCUGGAAGAUAGGAUGAAUGCAGAAAACACUACUAAAUUAGCAGACCUGAAAAAAAAGGCGGAACAAAAAAUAGCUUCCGUUAAGAAGCAGUUGACCUCUCAAAUGGAAGAAAAGGAACAACAGUUUAAGCUAGCUAUGGAAAAUCAGUUAAAAGAUUUAGAACAAAAAAUGCAGGAAAGAGAGGCCAAAAUUAUGGAUUUAGAAGAAAAAAACAGAUUAAUAAGAGACUCAGCAGACUUGGAAAGAGAAAUGAUGCAAAAAGUAGAAAAUGAAAAAGCUUCCUUAGAGCAAGAAAAAGCCAGUGUGCUAGAGAACGUACGACAGAUGUAUGAAGAGAAAAUAAGUGUAAUACAAAAAGACUUAAUAGAUAAGGAUGGAUUAUUGAAGAAGUAUGAGAAUGAGCAACAAGAAAGUAAUGACUCUAAGCUGAAAAUGAAAAGCCAACAGGAGGAACUCUUAAAAAAAUUGGAAUGUACCGAGAAAAAGCUAAAAGAAGAACAAUCUGUGAUUGAAAGGCUCCAGAAAGAAAUAGAGGGAAAAAAUAAGAAAUAUUCUUUGUUGCUGGAUCAACACACACAAGAUGGAGAUGACUUAGCAAGCAUCAGAGAAGAAUUAAAAGCCCAAGUACAAAAACAUUAUGAUAUGGAAAAUGUGAUUGGAGACUUUCAGAAACAGUUUCAAGAAAAGGAUAAAGUGAGUCAGUCUUUGGAGCAGAAGAUAAGAGAGUUGGAGGAUGAUAUAAUAAAGAAGAAAGAAGCAUGUAAGAUUGAUAUGGCAGAGGUAUCUUUGAAAUAUGAAGAAAAAUUGCAAGGUCUCCAGCAGCAGUUGGAUGAAAGAAAUAGACAGCUGAAAGUUUUUGAAGAAAAUGCAGAAGAAAAGACUAAAUCUGAUUUGGAGCUGCAGAAAUUACUUGGUGAUAUGCAGACUCAGCAAAAGGACUUGCAAGCUAAACUGGAGGAGGCUGAGAGAGAGAAGCAAAAACUGCGCAAAGAAAUAAGCAAGGUGCAGAAGGAUUUGCGUACUUUGCGGAAGGAGCAUCAGCAAGAACUAGAUAUAAUGAAGAAGGAAUCUUUAGAAGAAAUGGAACAGAAAAUCAGAAUUGAACAGGAAGAUAUUGAACUAAAGCACAACUCCACCUUAAAGCAGUUGAUGAGGGAGUUUAAUACUCAGCUGGCUCAAAAGGAAAGGGAAUUGGAAACAGCUGUACAUGAAACUAUCAGUAAAGCCCAGGAUGUGGAAACUGAACUGAUAGAAACCCAUCAUGCAGAGACAACACAGUUGCAUAGAAAAAUUGCUGAAAAAGAUGACGAUCUAAAAAGAACUGUAAAAAAGUAUGAAGAAAUCCUUGAGGCUCGUGAAGAAGAAAUGACAGCAAAAGUAAAUGAGCUGCAAACACAGCUGGAGGAAUUGCAGAAGGAAUACAAACAAAAGCUGGCAGAUGAGGAGAAUAGGCGCAGGGAAGAAGUAACAAUAACAGAGCUUCAGAUACAGCUAGCACAGAAGACAACUCUUGUCAGUGAUUCAAAGUUGAAAGAGCAGGAGUUCAUAGAGCAGAUUCAUAUACUGAAAGACCAGUUGAAAAAUUAUGAGAAAAACGUGUAUGGCACAGCUGUUGGAUCACCAUACAGAGAUGGGAAUCUCUGCCAUGCUGAUGUCUCUCUCUUUGGAGAGCCUACUGAGUUUGAAUACUUGCGGAAGGUGCUGUUUGAAUAUAUGAUGGGCCGAGAGACAAAGACAAUGGCGAAGGUGAUAACCACAGUGCUGAAGUUCCCAGCUGACCAAACUCAGAAGAUCUUAGAACGAGAAGAUGCUCGACCAUUGUUUACCUCACCUCGCAGUGGUAUCUUCUGAAUAUUCCAUCAGUCUGUGCUUAGUUAGCAUGUGGUCAUGGCUACGACCAUCUUGAAGAAAUUGUGAUAGUAAGGUCUUAUGACAAUGCUGCUUAGAAAUACGUUCAUAUCUCUCUUCUCCAUUGAGAAUGGACAAGAGGAAAAACUAUUAUUCAGGGUCCCAGAUGGAACAGCAAGACAGAAAAAAUCAACACACACUUUGGACCGUGAAUAUAGUUAAAACUGCCUUGAGAAGAGAUGCUAAUCAGUGGUUAUCUGGUGAGGAGUCUUUUUUCUCCUCAUAUUGAAUACUGUCUUCUAUUUUGUGUUAAAGGUUAUUUUUUUAAAGGAGAGAAAAAAGACUGUAACCUAGAAAGACUUUGCCGCACUCUUGUAUCUCAGUACAGGUUUCACUGGGCGUUUUAAAGAGUUGAACUUAACGGUUUGUAUCUUCUAUUUAUUUUUGAUUUCUUGACUGAUUGAACUGUGCAAUACAUUUUUGGGUGAGUAGCAGUUAGUGGGUGAUUCCUGGUGAAUUAGGCCAUUUCUUUCAAUAUUUUCUUCCAAUUUGAUCUUUUGAUUGUUUGCUAAAAGCUAUUUCUUUAAGCUUUUGCUUACAAUAAAUCCAAAUUUUAGUACCUCAUUUAUUUACUCUUAGCUUUUGUACUUAUAUUUUCUGGAGAAGAAAUACACUACUGUAAAUUGUAAAUAAUUAAUACAUAACUGUAUCAUAUGCUGAUCUGUGACUGGCAAUGCUAAUCUGGCAGGAGCUGAAAUGAAAUAAAGUUUUAUUUACUAUA